AUGACCAUGGAUGUUCGAGGGAAUUCGCCUAUUUCGCCGAGCAGUGAAAAUCGCGCUUUCACGCGGGAAAAUCUUGGUGACAUUGACUACACCAGUCAACUGGCAGCGACAAUGGCAGAAUUCAGAAAGACCGGUCAACUUUGCGAUGUUAUCAUUUCAACCGAAGGGAGAACGUUCCAAGCGCAUAAAAUCGUCCUGGCUGCAAGUUCGUCGUUUUUCCAGAGUCUAUUCACAGUGGAUAUGAGCGAGAGAAACAAACAGACGAUUAAAAUGGACAACAUUGAUCCCCCCACGAUGAGUCGUGUAUUAGACUAUGUGUACACAGGCGCUUUAACCUACCCAAACUCUGCCGAUGCCAGAGAGUUGUACCUCGCAGCGGACUACCUAAUCCUACCGGGGUUGAAGCACAAAGCAGUUGAAAUCAUGGUCGAAGCUUUAAGCGCUGAGAACUGCCUCCGUACGCUGGUUUGGUCGCAUAAAUUUUCGAGCCGUGCGCUGUUCACGCACACGUUUCGAUUCAUAUUGGAUAACUUUAACAGCGUCUCCCGCUCAGCUGACUUUGUGAAGCUCCCAGCUCGUGAGCUGAAGCUCUUGUUGGCGAGCAAUAAUCUGCGAGUCGCCGAUGAAGAAAUUGUUUACGAAGCUUUGAAGCGCUGGUGCGAAGGCAAAGCCGAUGAAAGAUGGAGUCAAUUUGCAGAGCUCUUCAAAUUAAUCAAACUUGAGCACCUAUCAGGUUACUAUAUUGAAACCACUAUCCAAGAGGACGUCUUAGCUCUUCCCGAUGAGGAAAUACGUUUCGAAAUCUUGGAAACCAUAACAGAGUAUACGGUUUCCGAGAAUUCUGAACUGCCAACCAUCAAUCUGCUACAGCCACCGCGACGUCAUAUUGCCAUGGUAACCUGUGUGCUAAUCCCGGAUGUAUACGCGUAUAUACCAACCUCCAAAGAAUGGCUCGAGAUGGCGCCAGUGCCCACACCGAGAAUUUCUAGUUCAUCUGCUAUUUUCAACGGUCUGGUUUACAAUGUGGGCGGGUUGGCCGGUUGUGGGGACAGCUCUAAUGUGGUAGAGUGUUUUGACCCCUCCGCUAAUUCGUGGUUGUCCAAAGCCUCGUUACCAGUCCCUACUCGAGCCGCGGCUGUAAACGUCUUGGAUGGUUUUCUAUACGUAGUGGGUGGGAGAAGUAACAGCGCCCGCUUUAAUAUCGUACAGCGGUAUGACCCUUGUAAAGACAACUGGACCUUAGUGACGUCACUCCAUGAAGAACGGAGCGGAGCGUCCUUGGUUAGUUGCCAUGGUAACCUAUACGCCAUCGGUGGUCGGAAGGACGACAACACGUUUCUAAGCUCGGUCGAAUGUUACAGCCCUGCCCAAAACACGUGGUCAUUGACCACACCCAUGUGCGUUGCACGUGCCUCAUCCGCGGCGGCUUACAUCCGGGGUAAGAUCUACGUCAUCGGAGGUGUACGUUCCCCUGGAGUAUCCCAUAAUUCAUGCGAAGCUUACGACACGACCCUUGACCAGUGGAGUACGAUUUCUAGUAACCUCGUGCCCAGGUCGUACGCAGGCAUCGCGGCAUUCGAGACGAGCCUGCUGGUAUGCGGUGGUGAGGACAGCGGUAAUUUCUAUGACACGGUCGAAUGUUACGACGUUGAAAAAGACCGAUGGGAGAUUGUGGACAAAAUGCCGAGGGUGGAGAAGUUCGUAGACUGUUGUCCGAUGUUCAUGUCCAAAGACUUACUACCCAUAUUUCCUAGUGCGAAGUGCUGA